GCGGGGGGCGGGGGACCCGGAGGGAGGAAGGAGCGGCGGCGGCGCUGCUCGCCGCAGAGGGGCGAGCUCCGAGCGCUGGGAGCAGGAAUCAUGCGGUAGGCGCGGCGGGCUCGCGCUCCACAGCAGCGGCAGCCCCGCAGGCGCUGACAGCCCCGCCGGCCGGCUCGCGCGCUGCCCGCCGGCUGUCAAUGGAGCUGGAAAACAUCGUGGCCAACACGGUCUUGCUGAAAGCCAGGGAAGGGGGAGGAGGGAAGCGCAAAGGGAAGAGCAAGAAGUGGAAGGAGAUCCUGAAGUUCCCUCACAUCAGCCAGUGCGAAGAACUGCGGAAGACCGUGGACAGAGACUACUGCAGUUUAUGUGACAAGCAGCCAAUCGGGAGGCUGCUUUUCCGGCAGUUCUGUGAGACCAGGCCCGGGCUGGAGGGUUACAUCCAGUUCCUGGACGAGGUGGCAGAAUAUGAAGUUACCCCGGAUGAAAAGCUGGGAGAGAAAGGGAAGGAGAUUAUGACCAAGUACCUCACCCCCAAGUCCCCAGUCUUCAUCGCCCAAGUUGGCCGAGACCUGGUCUCCCAGACGGAAGAGCAGCUGCUGCAGAGGCCCUGCAAAGAGCUCUUCUCAGCCUGUGCACGGUCUGUUCACGACUACCUGAGCGGAGAGCCGUUCCACGAGUACCUGGACAGCAUGUACUUCGACCGCUUCCUGCAGUGGAAGUGGCUGGAAAGGCAACCUGUGACCAAAAAUACUUUCAGGCAGUACCGAGUACUUGGAAAAGGGGGCUUCGGGGAGGUCUGUGCCUGCCAGGUCCGGGCCACGGGUAAAAUGUAUGCCUGCAAGCGCUUGGAGAAGAAGAGGAUCAAGAAGAGGAAAGGGGAGUCCAUGGCACUCAACGAGAAGCAGAUCCUGGAGAAGGUCAACAGCCAAUUCGUGGUCAACCUGGCCUAUGCCUACGAGACCAAGGACGCACUCUGCUUGGUCCUGACCAUCAUGAACGGGGGGGACCUCAAGUUCCACAUCUACAAUAUGGGGAACCCCGGCUUCGAGGAGGGGCGGGCCUUGUUCUACGCAGCCGAGAUCCUCUGCGGCCUGGAAGACCUGCACCGCGAGAACACCGUGUACAGAGAUCUCAAGCCUGAAAACAUCCUGCUGGACGAUUACGGCCACAUCAGGAUCUCAGACCUGGGGCUGGCCGUGAAGAUCCCCGAGGGAGACCUGAUCCGCGGCCGAGUGGGCACCGUCGGCUACAUGGCUCCAGAGGUCCUGAACAACCAGAGGUACGGCCUGAGCCCUGACUACUGGGGCCUGGGCUGCCUCAUCUACGAGAUGAUCGAGGGCCAGUCGCCGUUCCGCGGCCGCAAGGAGAAGGUGAAGCGGGAGGAAGUGGACCGCCGGGUCCUGGACACCGAGGAGGCCUACUCCCACAAGUUCUCCGAGGAAGCCAAGUCCAUCUGCAAGAUGCUGCUGACCAAAGAUGCGAAGCAGAGGCUGGGCUGCCAGGAGGGGGGUGCCGCCGAGGUCAAGAAGCACCCCUUCUUCAGGAACAUGAACUUCAAGCGCUUAGAAGCCGGGAUGUUGGACCCUCCCUUUGUUCCAGAUCCCCGGGCCGUCUACUGCAAGGACGUGCUGGACAUUGAGCAGUUCUCCACCGUGAAGGGCGUCAACCUGGACCACACAGACGACGACUUCUACUCCAAGUUCUCCACCGGCUCCGUGUCCAUCCCGUGGCAAAACGAGAUGAUCGAGACCGAGUGCUUUAAGGAGCUGAAUGUGUUCGGACCCAAUGGUACCCCCUCGCCGGACCUGAACCGAAGCCACGCCCCGGAGCCGCCCAAGAAGGGGCUGCUGCACCGGAUCUUCCGGCGGCAGCACCAGAACAAUGCCAAGAGUUCGUCCAACACCAAGAGCAGUUUCAACCACCACAUAAAUUCCAACCACGUCAGCUCAAACUCCACUGGAAGCAGCUAGUGUGCACUCCGGCCUGCGUGCGCAGCGGCGCCGGCCCUGGCCUCGGGAGCAGGACUUGCGUCCGGGGGGCUGCCGCCCGCCGCCCCCACGACGCACAGCCUCGAGGUUUCUCAAAGAAACCCCCACUCAGGUCUGUUUCUCGAGGCGGCCCCGCGCCUUGCCGAACAUUGCAAUAGAGGUCCCGUCGGACGCGACACCUUGCACGCGUUUUAACAGUAUCCCAGCUAGAACUGAAUUUUGUCUCUAUUAUUUUUAAAGACAAGUUUUGUAAAUUUCUCUAUCGUCUCAGUUUACAUUUUGUAUAUUUGUAUUUAAAUGAAAGUCAGACUUUGAGGGUGUAUAUUUUCUGUACAGCUGCAUUAAGGCAUGUGUUUAAGACGUUAGGGGGGGCGGGGGCGGGGGAUUUACCAAAAAAGAAAAAAAAAAAAACUGGCUCAAAACUUCCGGAGCCUCAACAUUUUUAUUAAAUGUAGAAAAUGAUUCACUUCCACUUUGAAAGGAUUGGUCGCAUCUGCCUAUGUCCAUCUCCCUGGUCCCAUCGCCGCACUGUCACGGGUGUCGUCAUCACCACCGCUGGCUUGUAAGAACCUGAACCACGCACACUUGGGGACAGCGUCCCUCCUGCAGGCCACAGCCAGGGGAUUGUCCUUGGGGACCCGAGUGGUUGCUGGGGGUGUGCCCAUCUCCUGGGGGGGGGGGGGCGCACGCCGCCGUGGUCGCCUCGGCCUCUGCCACCUGUGUCUUCUGGGAGCCGCUUCAGCUCUGCCUCCGCACGGUCCCGGCUGCUGGACUUUGUUUUUAAGGAUGGCGUGGAGGUGACAAGGUGCGGUCGUGGAACUCCUAGCUCCCAGCCCCGUGGAGGCGCCCGGGGGUGGAGGCGCGGGUCGUGCUGAACGUGCCCACCUUUGCAACUGCAGGGAGGACCCCAGCAUGUGUCCUGGGGACCCUGAGGCCUCUCCAAGGCCCCCCAGUUUCGCUGCUUGGGUUGUGUCUCAGGCAGAUGAGAUGCCCCCCGGGCGAGGCGGGCCCCCUGAGGUGCUCAGACACUCCCGUCUUUUGCCCAGGAGGCGGAAUCUCACAUCUCGGAUCUCCAGGUUUCUGGCGCGAGGAGCCCCUGCAGGGCUCGGCGGCUGUGCCAGACCAGAGGCCCCUAGAGGCCGCUCUGGCCCCCUGCUGCUCAGCUGCACGGCCCCAGCGGCUGGCCAAUCCCUGCUGCUCCCAAGAGGUGACAAGGAGCAAACCUGUCCUCCCUCCCCUCCCGGGCAGGGUGAGUGGCUGCCCUCCCCCACCCCACCUGGCUGAGCCCCUGGCAUCCGAUUCUGCCAGGUUUCUUGCCGUGUGGGGCCUGCGCUGUUAAAAUGCAGAUUCCCAGGCUUUGCCGAAUGGGAACCUCUGUGAGUGAGGCCCGGGGAUCUGCAUCUUCCAAUAUCCCUGCCCUGUGAGAACCGCAGCCGCCGGCCACCAGGGGGCUUUGCCUGUGACCGCCCCAAACGUGCUUCUCCGUGACCCAGCAGCUGGGCGCCCGAGCUUCUGGGGAGGGGUUGGAGGCACAGGCACAGGCCCCUGGGACAAGCUGCCCACGAGGGGCCUGACCUUGGCGACUGGGUGUGUGUGUGUCUGUGUGUGUGUGCACGAGGUCAUUCUCACAAACAGGCAAGAAGAAAUGGCCAGACUCCCCCGGGCCCCUCCACGUGUGAUGUCACUUUAGGGCCAGCGCUCUCACCAGGCUGCUGAAAACAAAGCAAACCUACGUUCAGGUUUCACUGAGGAGGUGGGAGGUCUUGGGACAGUAUUUUAAGACCCUCCAAGAGUAACCACCAGUCCAGGCCACACCCCCUAAAAACCACACCCCCUCCACCUCUGGCCAGAAGCUCCGCCCCUUUUGCCCAGUGCUCCCUGGGGAACCCAGGGUUGCGGCUAAGUCUCUGCAGUCUCUGUGCCUCCGAGCAGGGCGCUGUCCUUGGCUGGCGGGAAUCCCGCGCACCAAGGAGGAAGACGCAGCCGGCUGCCGCAUUCCUGCGUCUGUGAGGUCCCACGCACAGGCCUCGGCCAGACUCUCAGGGACACUUGAGCGCCUUCAUGGUCCCCACCUGUCCUCCACACAUGCCCGUGGGACACGGGGCAGAGCCACCGGGCCUGCGCAACCCUCCCCUUCCUUCCAGCCUGUCCCAGGCUUUGUAACAAAAAGGAAGUCACUAGAACAGUAUGGGACAGGCCACCCCUUUCCCACCGAGACCCUGGUCCCCAUUCCUGCCCCCUCACGCUUCCCAACCUUGGUUUCUAUAGCUGCAUUUUUAGAAGACUUUUUAAAACUAGAAACCAUCCCUUCCGCCACCCUCCAGUCCAGGGCAAGGCUGACCGGGACAGUGAGCGGACCCAACUCUCUUAGGUGCCCCUGAGCUCUUUGCAGAGGGGCCGUCCCUGUGCCCGGGGUGACACUGCCUUCCCUGGGCGUUUGCCUUUGGGAUGGGACCAGGUCUCCCGCCAGUGUCUCUGCUUGCGCUGCUUGGGGGCCAAGCAGCUGUCCCCAGUAGUCGUGGGCGGUCCUGGCUUUGAUCAGCGUGGACUACAAGGGUUUGGGAGCCCACCGAGGCUCCCCGAAUGUGAAGAAGACCCGACCCCCACGUCAGCUUGUUCUCGAAUCUUCCUCGGCCAGGAAUAUCACACUUUAGACUGCUGAGGCCGGGGGCUACUCGCUGCACAGCAGCUGAACAAGUUUCCCUAAAGCGUUGCCCGUCUUGGCGAGGCAGACACAGCAGUGUGGCCUUGCUGACACGCACGGCUGAUGGCAGCCCCCAGGGACAGCCACAUAGACACCCCUGGAGCUCGGGGCAGCCCCUGAGGGUGCUGAGGGCUGCCCAUCUGGAAGCCAAGACGGUUCCAGGCUUUCCGAGGAGCCCACCCCACUGUUAAGUCUUGUCUCCCACACCUCGGCCCUUGGAGAAAGACUUGCAGCACGGGUCCUGUUUUCCCACGGACGUUCUCACUAAGCCAUGGUCCUCAAAACACGGAGGGCACCCAGCCUCCCCCAGCCUGCUAUCACCCCCGGCCUUGUCAGAGGGAACCGGGUUCCUGGGGCCCCUGGGCAUCUCCUGAGAGCAAAGGAAAUGCCAGCCAGCCUGGGCAACACUCACUCCUCUUCUUACGCUGCUGUGGGCUUGCACAUCCGCCUGGACACCUGGGCCCUGCCACAGCAGCCUCUUUUGGGUUGGCUCGUGUUCCAAGGCCUUCCCGCUUCUGAGCCUUUGCUAAAUGUGGAAUCUGUGCAUUGGGAAGGGAUAAAGCUGUGUAAGUUGUGAGCAGUAGAGAGCUCACUUCUCUCCAUGGUGACUGGGGAGCCUGGUCCCCAGAGACACCUCCUGCACCUGCUCCCACAGCUCAGAUGUGUGCACCGCAGACCCCAAACAAGCAGACCUAAAAGUACAGGCACGUGCUGGAGACAGGGUUUUAAACACUUAAAAAGUGGUCUUAAUCUUCUAGAAUCUAGAUGUCUUCCCCAAUCCAUCAAGAAGUCAUUUUUAUAAUAGAUCAAAAGCAAACAUCCUUGACUAGAAGAGUUUCGUGGCUGUCGGUGUUGUUAAAGUAAUAAUAAUAAUUUCUAGUAUCCAAAGGCUUCUGUUGUUUUCAGGGAGAUUUUAACACUGAUGAAUGGAAAUCAUUGAAGAUGGCGGCUUUUGUUCCUGGAUACCCUGCGUCUUUGUGUUCCGUCUGAUAUGUCACAGUGCUGCUGUAUCCAGAUCGAACCACUGUUGUUUUUUAAGACAAAUAAAUUCCUUAUUGGAAAUA